UAGCUGUCAGCUCAGGCCCCGCCUUCAAAUCGCGACCAUAGACGAUCGCAACCAGAAGAGGAAGAUGAGUAUCCCGCAGCCUGGAUUGCAAAAUCAUGGCAACAUUCAUGGAGCGACUUGCUUUUCUUCAGAAAGUGCCAACUCUGAUGAAGGCUACAGCAGAUGAUGAAACGCCCUGUCCUGGCUACCUCUUCCAAGAGAUUGGAAAAAUCUCCCAUGAGUCACUGGGUUGUGGUCAGUGUUUGCUGGAGUAUCUUCUGGAGAGGCUGCAGGUGGAGUCCUGUCAUGUCAAACUCAAGGUGCUGAAGAUCUUUGUCCAUCUCUGCGGCCAUGGCUCGAAUCAUUUCCUCACUGAACUCAGAAGGAACUCCACUUUCAUCCAACAAGCGUCAGUUUACAGUGGCCCCCCUGAUCCCAUCCAUGGCACCGCACUGUACCAGAAAGUCAGGAACACAGCACAGGAAGUGGCCCGGUUGCUUUUCACUGAUACAAUUUCCACCAAGAGUGGCCUCUCCCCAUGUGCUCCAGCCACUCCAACUAUGGGUAUGGGGUCAGUGUCCUCCCACAGGUCAGGAAUGCAGGGCUUUGGGUACAGUCCAGGGAAGCAGGGGACAGGCAGUGACACUCUACUGGACAAAAUCCAGAAGGCAGCAGAGGUCGUGGCCAGUGCCGUCCUUCCUCCAACGGAGCACCAAGGCAUCCGUCUCCAUGACAACCACUACAGGGCUGUGGUGGCGCCCUCCACGCCCAUAGAGGUGGCAGUGCCAGCAUGUGCCUAUAACCUACCCCCUCACAGACCCAAAGCGGUUGCCCAGCGGAGCCCGGGACAGGUUGGUGGUGGCUGGGAGGAGAUGGACAGCGGCAACAGCUCCUCUCACAACUCCUCUCAGGACAUCGCAGCCAACAGCAGGACCUCUGUGGGCAGCAAGUCGGCCGGCACCGGGAGCCAAUCAGGCGCCAGCAGAGAGAGCAGCGGUGAUCUAUCAGAACGGGUGGAAGCCAUGCAGUUGGGGGACUGUGGCCAGGAGGUGGCGCUCAUCAGCAAACUGACUGAAGGCUCCAGAGUGUUCCUGUCCAGGGAAGAAAGCCAGCACUUCAUCAAGGAGUGCUCCAUUCUCAACUGUGAAGUUGUGGUGGAGUUGCUGUGUAGCAGACUCCAGGAGCCUUCAAACACUGUUCAAAUGAGGGCACUGUGCGCUGUAGCCUGCCUCAUGACCUCUGACCUCCUCUCUCUGGAGCAAAUCUUCAGCGCAACUCAACGCAAGCUGGCCCAGCUGAGCGAGGGGCCUCCUGGACCAGUGGCCAACAAAGCCACCAAGAUCUUGCGGCAGUUUGAGGCUCUGGUGGGUGGACCUCUGCAUGCUCCCAGACAGGAUACUGCACCCAACAGCCAGCUGCUCUCCACACCUACCUGCUCUGUCCCUUUACUCCCCUCCCACUCUGCUCAUAUCACCAAGGACCUGCAGUCUGACCCCUCAGCCAGAGGCGCCACCCAACCCUUAUGUUCCACAGCUUCCCUUUCUGGUCUGGACUUGACCAAGAGAGGUUCAACAGGGGGGCUGAUGAAGGAUGAGGAGGAGGAGAAUAUUUCCUCCAGUCUUGAGGAAGAGUCAGUGAUAGGCAAGGCGGAGUCUGUCAGGACUAGUGAGGCUGGGGAUGAAUCUGUUGUGGAAGAGCCAGAGCUCCUUACAGACAGGGGCUCUCCUCCGCCCCCUGAGCCCCAGCCCUGUCCCGGCAAACUGUCCCUGUUCAGUGGCAUGGAGCUGGUGAGCAGGGGGAGGCCACUGUGUCCCGGGCCUCCUACAGAAAGAGAAGACAUUCGAUCAGAGACGGACAAGAUAGAAGAAACCGCAAAAGACUCAAUGGAGAACCGAGCUGUGGAUAACCCUGACAGUCCAGCAGACUCCAUUGAUGCUGCUCAUCCAGCGUGUGAGGAUGCAUCCGAUAGCAGCCAACCAGUAUCGGCCUUCUCAUUUCUCAACUUUUGACCAUUAUUACAACCGAACUAUAACAGUUUAACCAAUGAUGUCAUUACAUUAGUUUCUUUUCAGAAUCAGCACCGAUUCCGUUUAUAAACCAACCUCUGUAACUGCACAUCUGUACGGUUAAAGCAAGACAGAGAAGGUCUCUUCGGGCUGUUUGUAUUCUCUGUUGCUUUCAUUUGCGUGGUGCCUCGUUGGAGGCUGCACUUUGAGCAGUGGGUGGUUUGAGCUUGGAGACAAACAUCAUGGACACACAAGUCACUGAGGGUACGGAUGGGUGUUGCUGUGGGAACUGUUCAGAGAGAGAGAUAGUGGUUUACUCGACACUAAAGUUUGUCAGGCUGGGAGUCUCAUUUUUUAAGUAUUCAUGUAUUACUGUCUUGAAUUACAGGUCAUCGUUGACAGUUAUUUAUCUCAGGAUUCCUUUUAAGUAACUGAAAAUGCUCGUAUGCCUCGGCAGCACACCCUGAACCUCUCUGGGGGGGAAUAUCCCUUGAUUUGUAGUUUGCACUAUAAUUGCUUUUUCUAAUGGAUUCAGAAACCUAGAAUAUGGAAUUAUGUCUUCCGUUAUUUUUUGGUACUAAGCUAUUACAUGAGUGUAAAUGUCAUUUGAGUGUUGAUUUGCAGAUAUUUAUUAUACCUUAUACCCUGUUGAUUCAAACAUACCAGUGGGACUGGUUGUAGAGUGCAUGUCUAUGCCUAAAAGAUCUCAAGAGAAAUAUCAGAUGAAAGAAGAAGCUAUUCUGUGUGUCCAUGUCUAUGAGAGAAAAUCUGGGCUGCAAUCAGCAUAGUGCAAACUAUCUUAAGAUCAAAACCUCAUUAACUGUUACUCGUACCACCUAAUAAAAAGUGGCAUAUCACUGAACCACCAUUACUACCAUUGUCACCAUUUCUGUUGCAUUGUGUUUUGCACUGUGGAAUGCAGCCCAAAUUAAACCCCAGAAUGGUAAUGCAACCUGCUGGUACAUAUGAUGUGAAUAUACUCUUCACAACUGUAUAUUUCAGUAUCAGCUCAAGCCAUGCUGUUGCACAUGUACAGUACUAGUUUGCUGCAUAACAAUAAAACUUGCUGUAUUUUUACAGCACCAGCUACGAUAAAAA